CAGAGGGAGGGGGAGGAGCCCGGCUCGCCCAGGGUUGAAAGGAACUGGGCUGGAUUCCGAGAGAGGACUGGGAAUAAAGGGGGCCGUGUCCCCCAGAGCCAAAGACCCUUCCUCCCCAUCCCUUCCUGCAAGGGGGGUGCCUGUUGCGUCUCUGCUCCGUAAGUGCUGCCUCGGGGGCGCCUUCGGGGAUCCGGGUCCAGUGUGCUUUGAAGAUGUAGCUGUCCGUUUCACAGACGAGGAGUGGGCGUUGCUGGAUCCUGACCAGAGAGCUCUCCAUAAGGAAGUCAUGGAGGAGAAUCGUCGGAUCUUGGACUCUCUUGUUUCAGGUGGUGAUGAAUUGGAGAUGAAGAAUGAGGAAGACCACAACGAAAUCCACACAGUGGAGGAGCCAUAUCAGGAUUCAGACUCUGGCGAGAGCUUCAGCCAGAGCUCUCAUUCCACUUCCCAUCAAAGAAAUCUCCUUGAGAAGAAACCCCAUCAGUGCUUGGAAUGUGGAAAGAGCUUCAGACACCGAGGCCAGCUUACUGUUCAUCAACUUAUUCAUACAGGGGAGAAACCCUAUAAAUGUUUGGAAUGUGGAAAGAGCUUCAAUAAGAGCAGCAAUCUCACUUCCCAUCAAAGAAUCCAUACAGGAGAGAAACCCUAUCAGUGCUUGGAGUGUGGAAAGAGCUUCAGUCACAGCCACCAACUAAGUGUCCAUCAAAAUAUUCAUACAGGGGAGAAACCCUAUAAAUGUUUGGAAUGUGAUAAGACAUUCACUCAGAGCUCCCAUCUCAUGACUCAUCAAAGAAUUCAUACAGGGGAGAAACCCUAUCAGUGCUUGGAAUGUGGAAAGAGGUUCCGUCAGAGAUACAAGGUCACUGUCCAUCAGAGAAUUCAUACACGGGAAAAACCUUAUGAGUGCCAAGAUUGUGGGCAGAGCUUCAGAAAAAAGGACAGUUUCACCUCACACCAAAGAAUUCAUACAGGAGAAAAACCCUAUCAGUGCCAAGAAUGUGACAAGAGCUUCAGAACAAAGGAGAGUUUCAUUGUCCAUCAGAGAAGUCACACAGGGGAGAAACCUUAUCAGUGCUGGGAGUGUGGAAAGAGCUUCGUUCAAAAAGGCCAUCUUAUGGCCCAUCAAAUAAUUCAUACAACAGAGAAACCCUAUCAGUGCCAAGAAUGCGGAAAGAGCUUCAGUCGAAGAGAGAGUUUCACUUCCCAUCAGAGAAUUCAUACAGGGGAGAAACCAUAUCAGUGCUUGGAGUGUGGAAAGAGAUUUAUUCUCAGAAGGCAGCUUACUGACCAUCACAGAAUUCAUACAGGGGAGAAACCCUAUAAAUGUUUGGAAUGUGGAAAGAGCUUCAUUAAGAGCAGCAAUCUCACCUCCCAUAGAAUAAUUCAUACAGCAGAGAAACCCUAUCAGUGCUUGGAAUGUGGAAAGAGCUUCAGUCGAAAGGACAGUUUCACUUCCCAUCAAAGAAUUCAUACAGGGGAGAAACCAUAUCAGUGCUUGGAGUGUGGAAAGAGCUUCAGUCACAGCUACCAGCUAAGUGUCCAUCAAAGAAUUCAUACAGGGGAGAAGCCAUAUGAGUGCUUGGAAUGUGGAAAGAGAUUCACCCGGAGCACCAGUCUCACAACCCAUCACAGAAUUCAUACAGGGGAGAAACCCUAUAAAUGUUUGGAAUGUGGAAGCAGCUUCAAUACGAGCAGCAAACUCACUUCCCAUCAAAGAAUUCAUACAAGGGAGUAACCUUAUCAGUGCUUUUAGUGUGGAAAGAGCUUUACUCAAAAAUGCCAUCUUAGGGCCCAUCAAAAGAGUUAAUCCAUGAGAAAAACCCUAUCAGUUACAAGAGUGUGGAAAGAGCUUCAGAAAAAUGGAUAGUGUCAUGUCCCAUCAGAGCAUUCAUACAGGGGAGAAACCCUAACAGUGGCAAGCAUGUGGGAAGAGCUUCAGCCACGGGGCCCGUCUUGUUUGCCAUCAAAGAACUCACAUUGGGGCAAACUAUAGUAGUGGCUGUAUACAGAUUUAAUUGGAGGAGACUUGAGUUCGUAUGAGGUAAUGGUUGCAGCUGGGUUCUUUGCCACAUCUGGUGCCCCAUAGUAAUUCCUACUACGUACCCAGAGCUGUGACUUGCAAGUUCUUGGCCAAGGUGUUGAAUUCCUUCUUCAUGUCAUGCCUGGGGAGAGGGAUAAGAGAGAUUGGGUGACACUGAUGAGUUUGCUGUCCAUGCUGAACUUUCCUAGGAAGGGCUUGGUGUAAAAAUUGUGAUAGUUGAUUGAAUAUUAGAUAUUAUAGUUUUUUAUUUUGGUCAAAGUGUCCUAGUAUUAAUUGCAUCCAGCCUUUUAGAUAGGAUGCAUUAGGCUUGAUUUUUGUGUGCCUGCAUUUUGUAACCCUCAUUCCACCCUCCUGUAAAGUUGUCUUGUGUAAGUUUCCUACUGCUUCCAUCCUUAUCAGACCCUAGAAGGGCAGGUGAUUUUCUGGGAAAGAGAUCUGUGUUGCGCUAGCAUCCAUGUGAGAACUCACAUCUCUCCUCAAAGGUCUUUGACAUGUUUUGGGAAAAGAGAACUAAGAUAGGGACUAGGAACAUCAACAGCCCCACCAUGUCCGAUUGCAAUAGUUUGAAUAAACUGGGUCCCUGCAGGACUCUGAAUCUGCUCU